AUGAGCGAGAGCAGGAGGCUUUCCGAGCCGUCAGUCUCGUGGGACCAGAAGAUGCCGUGGGAUUCAUGGACUCCGGACCCCUUCAACCGGGCCCACGAUCUACCGCCGAUCCAAUUUGGCGACGGCCCUCCAUACAGCGAAGAUGAAGAUUUACAGAGCCCAGUGGUUUCCACGAGGCAUCGAAAGCACAAAUCAACUUCGGCUACUCUCCAUACUGGUAGGGGGCGCACUGGUCGCGAUCCCGACAGGGGCCAGUCUGCAAUCAUUAGCUCCAGCUAUGAUGACACCCAGAGCUACUACUUGGGCAUUGGCGGAGAUGGAAGUGAGCGGUACUACGUGAGCCACGGAGGCGAAGCGAACGGACCCGGCGGUGAACUGGUCACCUACCCGCCCGAUCAGGCGCAUCAUAGCCAUGCAUACCAGUAUUCGCAGAGACAUGAUAUCGAUGGCUAUGAUUCGGAUCACUCGAGCAGCUCAUCCUCGCCAGGGGGCCUUGAAGGAGAUCAGUCGCGCUAUUCACGAGACUAUCAGUUCACAAUCACAUCUCCCGACGAAGAGUUUCAUGGUAAGGCCGUGGCUCUGUUUGAUUUUGAGCGAGAGAACGAGAACGAGCUACCAUUGGUGGAAGGCCAAAUCAUUUGGGUGUCAUAUCGCCACGGCCAGGGCUGGUUGGUUGCAGAGGAUCCAAAGACGCAAGAAAGCGGCUUGGUUCCUGAAGAAUACGUUCGACUACUCCGGGACAUUGAAGGAGGCAUGAACAGUCUGACCGGCGCCCUCGUCGAUCCAUCUGGGUCUCCUAGUGAUGCCGUCACUCCUACCCAGACAGAGAGUGGCAGCCAGUACGGCCACACUCCCACUCCUAGCACUUCAACCAACGGAUAUCACCAGCCAGUUGUGUCUAUGUUUUCAACCUCGAGCAAGGACCUCAACCCUUAUCCCACGGAGCAGCUUGGCAUCCAAGCUGGCCAAGCCCCGCCUCAAGUUGUUCACUAUCAUGGACAGAGAGGCGGAAGCCAAAUCAGCACACCAACAUUAACCCAACUUCAAGAGUCUGAAGCGCAAAGAAGAGCAAGCCAGGACGCGGGAAGCAAAACCGAAGGAGAUUCGCCUACGGCGCAAGAAGAGUCCACCGUGAAAUCUACGGAUACGCAGGCGUCGAAUGAGAUAGCGGAGACGGAGCGGUGA